UAAAUUUUCAGAUGUUUUAUAAGAGUUUUCAACUGGUGAAAGGGAAGCGCUCGACUUCAUGGGUUUCGCAUAAAUUUAGUUAGUACCCCCCAGCGUUCGCCUAACAUCUGUCCCUUUUUCGCCAUAAACGCCCUAGUGAUUUGCUAAAAGGGCCGCCGUGAGUAUGCGAACUUCGUUAUUAACAUGGCCGACUGAAGGGCUGCGAUAUUACAGCGGAGGGGUCACGUGCUGAUGACGGUCACUCCAAGAUUACGACUCCCGCUGCAUCAGGGCUUGUUUUAAUUAAAGCGGCCCAGGCCUCGUUUGCUCGCACCGUCAGCCGUUUUACAAUCAUAUGACCGGUUAGUGUAAAAUUCAAAAUAAUUUCAAUCUUUUGUGGAUUUUUUUUCUCGGUAAAUUAAAAACUCCAAACGUUAUUUAUACGUUGUUUCAACAGUUCUCAAUAGACGGUGGGAUGUUCGGUAGUAAGAAGCAGGACAGCGCAUAUGCCGAGGAGGAGUUAGCGGUUUACCUCUCGGGUGCUAUCUACUAUUUGUCGUGUGUAGCAGUUUCUUGUCUCGUGUGGUUUGGACUAAGGAGAGUUUUGACCAGAGUGUUGCAAAACCAUACGUACAAUGUUUUUGCAACGGUGCAUGCACUUAUCGUAGGAGCGACACUAAGCUCGAGUUUGACGGAUACGUUGUCUUUCUCCACUUAUGAACCUAUAACGCCGAACAAAGAAUUUUUCCUUCUUUACACCUGCGGAUACCAUCUGCACGUCUUUCUCGAGCUGUCAUACAGGAAGAACAAGCUCCUACUCUUCUCGACUGUAUGCUACAUACUUUCGAUCAUCUUCGUACUCCUGAACGAUGUGGGGACCAAGUUGCUCCUGCUGUACAUGUUCCUCGUCGAGUCGUGCACGCCGUCUUUGUGCCUGGCUUCCUUCAUGCAACAGGGAUCUAGCAACUUGUAUAUAGUCAACCUGUCCAAAGGGCUUGCCCUCUGCACCGUGUUUUACGAGCAGAUUCUAAUCGGUUACUCCAUGGCUAUGCCGAUCGCGAUGAUGUUGCCCGAGAAGGAGAAGCCUGCGUGCUACGCCCUCACCACCGUCUUUUUCUUCUCACUCCUCAUCAGGCUUUACGAACUUAGCAAGCUGAUUUCCGGUAAACAGGCAAAAAAGAAAGUAUGCAACGAGGAGAGUUUUUGGCAAAAUUUUUUUAUCACACAAUAAAAUUAAUAAUAAUUGUCUUAUUUAA